AUGGCGCGCGGUGACGAACGCGCGCCCCUGCUCCUCGAUCGGGGGACGGGGGAGACGUCCGCGUCGACGUCGCGGGCGUGGCGACACGCGCACGGGCACUCGUUCGUCCUCGGCGCGCUCAUCCUCAUCGGAUGCGUCGGGACGCGGGCGUUUAGUGUUGCGACGUCGAGGGGGGGCGACGGCGUCGAGGGGGGACGAGGGCGCGAACACGCGGGCGAUGGCGGCGACGGGCGAAUGAGGGAAGGGCUCGGUCGGACGUUCAGGCCGAGACGGGCGGCGUCGACGUCGGGGUUCGACGUCAUCGGCGAUCCCGUCGUCGGCCCGGAUGGCGCGCGCGGCGCGUCGGGCGCGAUGGUGCGCACGGCGGGCAAGUACGUGUCGAACGCGACGAUGGUACAUAACAUGAGGGAUGAUGUCGAUCAGACGGAGGCGGGAACGCCGCGGAGCGUGCACCUGACCCUGCUCACGGCGUGCGGUAAUUUGGGUUCGGUGCCGUUUCGCACGGGCGCGUGGACGGACGUCGUCGGCGCGCGAAUCGCGACGAAGACCAUGUCGAACGAUUUUCUCUUCGACAGAGCGCAAGAAAUGAGGCACACGAGGUGUGGGACGUACGAGGCGGACGUCACGCUCUACCCAGGGGAGGAGUUUGGCUUUUAUUUGUACAAGAUUGGCGACGCCACCGACCGGAACACCGUGAGCGACAUCGGCUGUCUCAGCCGAGGCGGCGCUCGUUGUCCCGGUUUCGCCACCCCAUCCGCUCUCAAGGGUUUAGAACUGUGCACGAAGACGACCGAUCAGGGUGAAGACGUCUUUUACAACCGCGCGUUUGACGGCGAACAGACGACGUACGUGUACGGUUCGUGCGACUACGGGUGCGCCUCCGACCGUCCGCUCGGGUGCUCCGACGACGACGUCACCGAGGACGACGCGUACCACGACUCCACAUCCGUGCGCACGUGA